AAAGAGUCCCAUUGUAUUUCUGUCCAUUACAACCAUAACAACCACAACAACAUCACACUUUAUGACAUACCAUUUUUAAUAGUAUUGCCCUAUGGCAAAGUGAGGUGCUAUUCAAUCAUGAUCAUAAGGAAACAUGGUACCAAAUACAUGUAUAUAAUGACUCACUGGACUCUGCAUUUCUUUUUGAUAAAAACUAUAAUAUCAAACGGUAUAUUGUAUAAAAAUGCAACGAUAAUAGACUGACAAGUGUUCAAUAAUAGAUCUGAAUGUCACGCCUCCACAAUCAAGUAUCUAAAGAAGAUAAAGAAGAUUGAUGACAAGGAAAAAACUGCAAAGUGGAUUUAAUCUUGUUUAAUCAUGGCUGCGGAGACAUGUUUACAUGCGAGGAUAAGUGUGAAAGCGUUUCGCCAGGUGUCGUACAGGAUGAUUUCGAAAAAGGCAACAAGCUCAGAGAAAAGCGACUAUUAUACCUGAAACCAAUCAUCCCUUACAAGUCCAACAUGAAUCAUAUCGAAGUAUUAAGUGCGCAAUUUCAUGGACUGACACUGACAGUAUACGGAUCAAAGAUGACUGAAAUUGGUGACAUCAUUCAUUACCAAAAGGCCAAAGCUACGAUCCCCACCUCUCCCUUUAAUCAUCUGCCGCAAGCUGCCCAUUAUCUUCUUACUGUGCUUUCCUUACAAAGGAAUAUUGCCAUUAAUCUGAAGAAGCUCGAUAUUAUAUUUGAAGCAUGUUUGAAAGAUGCUGUGGAGUAUCUGGCCGCUUCAACUGGUGUUAUCAAUAGUAACCUCUUCUUCCGAAAAGAUUCACCUGGUUCAGAAUAUUCGUAUCAAUCAAAUAGCAGUGAUGAAUUGGACCUUGAAGAGCAAGAGCGUCGCAUAACGGAGUGCAUUGAUCAACAAAUUGAAAAUUUGGAUAAUAAUGAAGGCGUCUUGACCGUCCAAUGAUUGGGAGAGCUUCAUUGCAAAAUAAAUCUCUUUUAUUCAUUUGUUUGAUAUGUAAUUCAAAUGAUUCAUAAACUUCAUCAUAUAAUACCAUUAAUAUAAAUAAAAACUAUUGCCG